UACUUAAACACACCCCAGCAACUCUCCACAAUCCAGCCUGAAACAGUGGCUGUCACCCUGUGGACUGACUGAGCCCGAGGCUAGAAGACUGUGAUCCUCCACGUGAGUCCCAGUAGAUAGUCCUGUGUGUUGUGGCCCGCUCCAGUGGUUACCGUGAUGACUACAGAGGCACCUAAUGGACUGUGGCACCGAAACAUCAAGGCCAGUCAGUCAGAUGAGCUCCCCAGUCAUGUUGGGAGCCAUAAUAAUGUGCAGGAGGAUGAUCUGAGACAGUGGGAGAAACAUGCACAGAAGGUGAAGGUAAAAGUCCUGGAGCAGGUCCACGAUCAGCUAAAUGAUAUUCUAGACAAAGCUCUGACUGAGUCCCUACAGCUGUUCACCCACAUCCAGCCGAAGGAAAAGACGACAAAAAAGUCCUCAUCCAGAUCUCAGAAAAUGGAUGAUGGCAAAGUGUUUAUGGAAAGAGCGUCACUGUUGGAUGAGCUGUUUGAGAUCAGUCACAUCAGAACCAUCUACCACAUGUUCAUAGCCGUGCUCCUCAUCUUCUGCCUGAGCACACUGGCUGUCGACUACAUCGACCAGGGCAGGUUGGUCUUGGAGUUUGACCUGCUUUUCUUCGCCUUUGGGAAGCUGGGGACAGUCACCUGGGCCUGGGUUCUGAUGUUUUUCUACACCCUGCUCGUUCCCUACUACACCCUGGUGUUCUGGGGUUCCUUGUACCACAGCUUCCCCUCCAAGUUGGGGCUGUCUCUGGGGACAGGGCUGAUCUUGUCUGCCAUACAGACCUUUGUUCUGGGACUGUUCCCGAUCUACGUAGUCGUAGACAACCAGCUGCCACCAGCCUCACGGUUCAUUGUGAUACUGGAGCAGAUUCGAUUCCUGAUGAAGAGCUACUCCUUCAUAAGAGAAACUGCUCCUGUUAUAAUGAAGAAUACACCAAAGGAAGGAGAAUGUCCCAGAUUCCCAACAUUUUCCAGCUAUCUGUACUUCCUCUUCUGUCCAACUCUCAUCUACAGGGAAUCAUACCCCCAAAAUACCCACAUAAGAUGGAAGUAUGUAGGCGUUACUCUCGGCAUGAUCUUGGGCUGCCUGUUUUACGGCUACUUUAUUCUGGUGCGGCUCUGUGUGCCCCUCUUCAGACCCGAGACCAACCAGCCUUUUAGUAAACGGACAAUAGUUCUGGCUGUGUUCAACUCAAUUUUACCAGGUAUAAUGCUGCUUCUGUUGUGUUUCUUCGCCUUCCUGCACUGUUGGCUCAACCUCUUCGGGGAGCUGCUGCGUUUUGCUGACAGAAUGUUCUACAAGGACUGGUGGAACUCUACAUCCUUUGCCAACUAUUACCGUACCUGGAAUGUAGUGGUCCAUGACUGGCUGUAUUACUACGGAUACAGAGACUUCCUCUGGCUGUCAAAAAGGAAAUUCCGAACAGCUGCCAUGCUGUCCGUGUUCAUCGUUUCUGCUGUCGCCCAUGAGUACGCCUUGGCCAUGGGCUUCGGCUUCUUCUACCCCGUCAUGUUCUGCCUCUUUGCAGUCUUUGGAGUGGUGUUCAAUUUUACCAUGAACGACAAGCGUCAGAGCCCCGUGUUCAACGUCAUCAUGUGGGCGUGUCUCUUCCUCGGCCAGGGCGUCCAGGUGUGUCUGUACUGCCAGGAGUGGUACGCCCAGAUACACUGCCCACGGAAAGAGAAUAGUUUCUGGGAGCUAGUGACGCCUCGAUCCUGGUCCUGCAGCUACCAGAGAUGAAGCUGCGCUUCUCCUGGGCUGGCGGGAUAGAUGAUGAAAAGAUGGAGGUCUGGAAAUCCUUUUGGACUAAACAUAGACCAAAGCAUAGAAGGA